AUGGCAAAGGAGUACAAUCCUAAGUUCGACCCCAACACUGAGGCGUUUCAGAUGCGCGCGCAGUGGAAGAAGGUCGACAUCUGCCGCAAGAUGUGGUUUGACCGCUGGAGCUGGCUGCUGGAGGAGCGAAGAAAAACUCUAGAAGAAUCCGACGCCAUACGCAAGGAGUACGCCAGCGUGCUACCUCAGGGGGUCAAGAGAGUGGAGACAAGCAAGAGUCUCAAGCCGUGCCCCGUCACCACCACGGGGAACAUAGGCUGGCUCGCAGCUAAGCCGGAAUGUCAACUAGAGAUCUACACUUCGUGGAUCCCGAAGAUACCACUCAGAACACCAGAUCCGUGGGACAGUAUGGAUUAUUUGGGAAAUAAAUAA